AUGGAGAAUUCAGAGAGGGGCUAUAUCGGAGUAGGUGAAACAAGAGACGAUCUUCUACGACGGAGGAACUUCAAAUUCUACGGCGAAGAAGACAGAAGAAAGCAAUCUCGUCGGCAAUUGUGUUUGAAGUUGGAAGGAGCGAGAUCAUUCAACAGGCAAAGCUUGCAUUACAUUGGAACAAGUCCAAACCCGUACCAGCAAGCGAUAUCUGUCAUUGGAAAGACUUUAUAUGCUUUCGAUGAAGAUAAUUUGAUUCCAUGUUAUGGAUUUGGAGAUGGGCCGACUUCUUUUGCACCCAUUAUCGAAAGGGCCAUGACGAUUGUGGAAGAAAGUGGAGGGCAGUAUCAUUCACGAGGCUGGAGCAUAACAUUCAUACCGUUCUUCAUGUACAAUGUGGUGGUGAGUUUGGGAACAAUCUCUUGUCCUUGGACGACUUUUACUGAAUACCUCAUCAAGAUCGCUGCAGCCACCAUUUUCAUUUGUGUAUACGCAAACUUCUUCCCAACACACAGCCUUGGACCUCCGUUGAACACUACAUACUUGAACUGA